AUGAAAUUUUUGACCGGUGCCGCUGACCCAAAAACCCCGCUGGCGAUGCCUUACUUUCUCGCCGAGAUGCGGACGACAGAUGGCGAUUCGACGUCGAAAACAACACCCGGAGGUGAGCAGCGGCGCCUGGUGGCAACGAAAGCGCGUCAUCUGAGACAAAUCGUUGAUUUGAGCGCUGCACCGACGGUGUAUCGAGAAACGGCUGAUGGUAGGGAAUAUCAUGACCCACGGAAACCCAUCAGGAGUUACCAGGGCGCGAAGAAAUGGCCGCGGAAAAAUGAACCGGCUGUAUACAAACCAAGCGCCAAGAAGAUUAAUCACUCUGCGAAAUCACACAGAGAAAAAGAAGGCGUUGAAGUUUACAAUCGCCAACAGAAUCACUUCAAAAGUAGGUUCCCAGAACUACAGACACCACAGUCGUAUAACAAUGAUAACUAUCACCACGCCAAAAGCGAAAAUUAUGACAAUGCCGAUGAAGAUGAAGAUGAGAAUGAAGAUGAAGAAGAGGAGGAAGAAUUCGUACCGACAAGAUUGUACGCGCAGGUUCGUCAAUACGAGACCGAGUCCCAUUUACCGAGCAGUGCGGAAGAACCUCGCCUUCGUAAAAUCGUCAAAGAUUCACGUGUACACACUGUCUACAUGGAGGAAGGCUACGAGGACGGUGCCUAUGACCAUGCCGGAGAAGAAAAACACGCUGAAGAAGACGAAGCGCAAGUAGAGCAUCGCCGACGUAGAAGAAGACACAUCGAUUCCUCGCUGACGAACGUCGAAAUCGAUACGGAUUUAAUCGGUAAAAACCAAUUCGCUCUCGGUGAAGCUAACAACAACGCCGAUAAAAAAUACCCCUAUUACAACGCGAAAGACAUCAACAGUAAUUCACCGCUACGAUACGCGCAAGCAAUGGAUGACAUCCCACAGAAAAAGGAGGGCAACAUGGCUUUUUACGAAGACGCCCAGGCGAGAACAAAGUGCGAUGAGGUUGUCGAGACAGUCGCCCCGAUACCGAAGGACUUGGACGCUGGCGAGGAGGCGCCGGAAAAGACGAUGGUGCCGAAAUUACCCCGGCUUAGGAAGCUCGGCGACAAAAUCGAUUGUUUUAAGAUGAAAUUUUUUGGCGAGCAACCGCUUGACAACCCGCUCUUUAACGAGGAGUUUGUUGACCCUCCGAAGGACUUAUUCCAGGAACCCGAGGUUAAGGAGACGGAAAAUCAUCUCAAAUUGUUAAAUCGAACCGGGAAGAGUUUCCAGCCACUGGCGGUUGCCGAAUCUGGAUUUCCGAUUAAUUCCGGAAAACUCCCCGAAGAAGAUAAUGAAGAUGAGGAUGGGGAUACAGAUGAUGCUGCAACAGUUGUCGAGGAGCAAGUGACUGCAGAGGCAGGGUUCCAACCUUUGCCUGAAGCGGAAGCGUUGCACAUGCGCCGUAUUACAAGACGAAGGAAGCGGCCUUAUCAUCAUAAUAAAUUAUAUUCGGGUCGUUACGCGGCUUAUCGGCCGACGCGCAAGUCACAUCCACCGCAUAAGAUGCCUCGUGGGACCACGCCGCCUACAAUCCUGACCUCGCCGAAUGUAAUUAGCGAGGUGUACUACAAGGACCAAAUUAAGCCCAGCGAGCAGCUGAACGUCUUCGCCGACGUCAUAAAUCACAUUCAGAAUAUGUCCAGAGAAGACUCCUACUCAUCAGCAAGUGAACAACGUCCGCAUGUGGCUAUCGCAACACCUGCGUCAAUCAAUACAAAGCUACGCACUGGACAUCGGAAGAAACUGAAGCGGAAGUAUCCCGUCAUGAAGUCCACACAACAGUUGUACACUGAAUACAUGCGUCGUAGCAAGAAUAAUCCAUCGCGUAUCCAGGAUGAUAUAUCACCCAUUCCACAAGAGAGCAAUGUCAACGUGGGUACUGUACAAGCGCCCAAAUCCUACGGUUCUAUUGAUUUGUUAUCCUACAAGAAUAAUGCUGAAACACCUGUGCACUAUUCCACUAUUGACAUGCCUCUAAAUAAAUAUCUGGUUCCUGGAAUGAAGCCGCCGCUUGCCAUGGAGAAACCAAUGAUCUACUCGGAUUAUCAAAGCGAGAAUAUUCUGAAACGGAAAGACUGGGUGAAUAAUCACCGGUUGAGGCGGAGGAAAAGAGCCACGAGGAAUUAUUCGGAAAUUCGACGUCAACCUGCGAGCAAACCACAGGAAGACCCCGAGGAGGAGGAUGACAAUGAUGAUUAUGUCCCCCAUAGACCCACCAAUUACCAUUAUGACCCGGAUACUGAUCGAAUUAUCUACGAUAAAAAGCCCACGACCGAAAAAUCUGUAGAGGAAAUUGUCGAGGAGUAUUUUGAAGAGGAACCAGAGGAGGUGACAACCACCAAGAAGCCUCCACCUGCGCAUAAGACAGUUUUUCAUAAGGAUGUGCUGAAUAAAGCUAAUGGAAAGACACUUGUUGAUUUCAUAGCGUUAUUGAAGUCAGACCCGUCUUAUAAGCCUAUUGAAGAUCCUACAACUACCAAAGAACCACCUUCUACGACUACUCAAAAAGCUGCUUCAACCACACCUCCUGAGUUUUUGAAAUUUUUGGAUAAAUUACAUUCAAGUGAAGGGUACAAGAAGAUAGACAACCCGGAAGAUGUCCCUGCUGCAAAGAAGAAACCGAAGACAACCACUGAAGCUCCUGUUGAAGAAGAAGAAGAGGAGGAAGAGGUUGUACCGGCGGGUAGUGUACAAAACUCACCAGGUGGUCAGUUUGGACCUGAUGGAGGUCUACAAAUCUUUGAUAUCAAUGAUUACUUACCAAAAGUGAAGACCUACACUCCAAGAACCUCAAUUGAUUAUUCAAAGUAUAAAACUAUUGAGAGGACUACGUCAAGACAUAAUUUGAGCAGUCGUUAUAGUGAAGAAGAUGAAGAACCCUUUGAAAAACGUCCAACUGAAGCACCUACAGCUUCAAAGUAUCAAACAGCUCCCCCUAGACCCAAAUCACCACCAAAAGAAGAAAAAGAAGAUGAUAAUGAUGAUGCGCCACAGGUGGCUGCUGUGACACAAAACAAAGACGAAGAAGAAAAAGAAGACGAAGUAACUACAACUUCCAAACCCACAACGACCACAUCAGCUGUAAAGAUCCGUAUCCGUGGCAGGCAGCGACCUACAAGACGUCCCACACGUACCACCACAACCACCAAACCACUUUCCGAGGUUCCCACCGAUGAAGUAACAUCUGAUCCUGUUGAAAAUUACACCCCAGCGACACAUCGUCCCCCAUCUCGAGUUUAUCCACGUCGCCAUCGGCCAAAAAUCCGUGUCCGAUCAACCACCACUCCAACUUCAGUUCCAGUGGAGCCUGACAACGAUGAGGAUUCUUCCGAAACAAGAAAAGAACCAUCCGCCGUCAGCAACAUGUGAUACCGGCGAAUCACAAGCCCGAUUACACUCCGCUCACGAUCUCGAAGCGCAUGGACGAUUAUCCCACGAUGCUUGUGCAGCGUCAGGCGCGGCUUGUAACACCCGAGAUAAUAAAUUAUAAUCAGACCGCCGGCGGCACGGCAAGCCGCCCGGAGAGAUCAACCCGCGGCAGUUCGCCGCGCGAUAUAAAGUUGCUCGCUUAGCAACCCAAGCCUCGACGGGAAGUCAAGAUAAAGACGCGCCAGAGGUGCAGAUUAGGCUGGAUUCGAGAAACAUUGACAGGAGCGAUGCCCCCAACGCACGCAGUCCUGUAAAGUUCAUCAAGGAUCCAAAUAAGCGACUCUACUUCUACGCACCGUUAUGAUGAGAGUAUUUGUUAUCUAGUACUAUCUAUUUGUUAUUGUAAAUAAAUAAAUUAAAUUUUACUUUU